GCAUAUAAAGACCACACUCUUCCUUUAGCGGCAGCGCCAUAAUUUCCGAGCUGCUAGUGCUACAGUCCCCAUCAACAGUUCAGGCUUACAGCUAGUUGCAGUACACCACCAAGCCAACGGAGAAGUAGCAGUACCAUUGGGAGGAUGGCUUCGAUCGUGCUGCUGCUGUCGGAGCUUCUCGGCGGCGCGGGGAGCACAAGCAUGCUGGCGGCCAACUGCUACAUGGGCGGCCACAGCCUGCGGGAGUUCCGGCCCGCGGCGACCAAGGGCGAGCGGGAGCCGAAGCUGCGGGGAACAACCUCCACGGAGGCCAAGGACGAGGAGUCGUCUUCGUUGGACCUGGAGGAUCUCUCCGCCGUGUCCAGGAUAUCGGUGGACGUCAUGUGGCCCUGAGCCUAUCGCUGAGUCGAGAGGUCGAUUCCCUCGAUAUUGUUCUGCGUUUGGUUGGCGAGGACGAAGAACAGAUGUGAUGUGAUUCCUCGUUGCCUCCAGUCCAGUUCUAUGAAAUGAAGAUGUAAAUAUGUAAAGCCACCGCUGAAUGUUCUCCCUGUGUUCCUUUUUGUCC